AUGCUGCAAGGGAGGAGGCCAUACGGGCGACUGAUGCUUCUCACUGGAAUCUGGGUCAUCUUGGCAGCAGUCUUUGUUAGGCUGGCGUUGACGCCUUAUAGCGAUGAUCGAAAGAAUGCGGGUGAUACAAACCAUAAGGACGACGUUGGAAAUUUUUUUGCUUCAGCAGGUGGUUUUCGUUGUCCACCGGUAGCGUACUUUGCAAGGGAGGAGGUUGCGCGUCAUGCGUCGGAGUCCAACCUCUGGAUGGUGGUCGAUGGAAAUGUGCUGGAUGUGAGUUCGUUUGUGCAGCAGCACCCUGGCGGACUGCUGAUCGUGGAGGGAGCAGGCGGCCAUGAUGCGGCGGCUCUAUUUUCGGAGUUUCAUUUACCAUCAACGGUUAAACUCCUUGAGAAGUACUGCAUUGGACGUUUGAAUGAGUAA